AUGGCAGUGAAGCCAACAGUUGCCUUCAGAGCUAUACUUGUGGGAGGAAUAGCUGCAUUUGCCAAAGUAGCUGGUGUAAUGAAGGCUGCAGGUGGUGCCAAGGUGGGUGCAGCUGCAGCUAUGGCGACUGCAGCAGCAACAGCAGCUAUUGGAUCAAGAGAAUCAAAGGAUUCGAAAUGA